CUCCAAACACAAUCUGCAGCAGCUGGAGCACCAUAGCUCACCACCAAAGAAGAAAAUUUUUGAAGAAAUGGGUAGAAAUUUUCGAAAAUUCGACUUAUUGAUUCGGUGGAAUGGUCGAAUUACCCAUUUUCAUGAUAGUAUUGACUACGAAGAUGGUGAAUCAAGUACUGUCCCGAUUAAGAGCAUAUUUACUUGGCAAGAACUCAGCCAUAUUUGUGCGGAACGAUGUUGCAUAGGAGGGAGAAGAGUAUGCAAGAUGACUUACCGUAUGCCGGUUUACAAGGAUUAUGCACUUGUAUAUGAAGGAUCAGUUUUGUCUGACGAUGAUGAUGUUAAUAUGAUGAUGAGAUUUAUUGCAGAGAACAGAUUUCCAACUGCUGAGGUGUAUGUCGAGACAGAAGUUGUUGGCCAAUAUGGUGGGGGCGGUUAUACCGAACAAGGUGAAGGAUCGGGAGGUUUUUCCGGUUCAGGAGAUUUCAGAGUGCGGCAUGAUGGCCAACAUACGAGGAUCGAACUGCAACUGGUCCAUUGGUGGAACAUGACGGACAGGAGUGGCCAGUAUGGGGUGGAGAAUGGGAUUACAUAAGGGCACCCAGACAAGCAUCUACAGCAGCAUCUGGCAUCAACAAUGAUCCAUAUGUGGAUAAACCAAGUCCUCCGUACACUAGCGAGGCAAGCGACGUGGAAGAC